UGUGCUGCCUGUGGCAAGGAUUCCUGCUCUCCCAUAACUUCCAGUAACACACCACAUUUGUGAAUAACUCACUCGAACCGAAUGGGCCAUGAAGCUGAACACAUUUCCAGAGACUGAUCUCUCUCUUCCUCUCCACCUCUCUGUCUCCAUCCUCCUCCAUCUGUCCUCACCCUCACCAUAAACCAUCUCCACCCAACAACCAUUUCAACCCACCUCACUCACCUCAUCCAGAAACCAACCAACCGUCAACAUCACCCCAAACAUCACCCCCAGAAGCAAACAACACAACCACCAGAGAAAAAUGUCCUACCUCUCCACCCGCACGCUGAACCCACCGCCCGGCUGCAUAAACUGGGACCACCGGGCCCUGCAGCCCCCGCCCUGGGUGUUGACCAUCCUGCCGCCGACCACCCGCAAACUCAUCGACCACUGCUACCUACUCGCCUACAACAGCCUAUGCGUCCAACGCCACGUGGAAACCUGCUUCGCCGCUCGCUACAAAGCCCUGUGCCCUGGUGCCUUUCCCAGCUCCAGCACCGAUCCAUCCAUCAACCCCACAACACCAGCAGCCGAACCAGCCCCAUCACCAGAUACAGCUACAGCAGCAGCAACAGCAACAGCAACAGCACCCCCACCCAAACCCAACCCCGCCACCCUAAUAACGCACACCCAAUCCAUCGACCGCCUCUUCAACUGGCGCCGCGACUACAUCCCAGGCAGCCCGACGCUGGCGCCGUCGGCCAAGAUCCCGCGGUCCGCGGUGCGGUUCCACGUCGACCGGGCAGCGUUCGCAGCGUACGCGGCGCGGUACACGGCGCAGCUGGACAUGUACCUGACGACGUACUAUCGGCGGUAUCGGGAGGCGGUGGCGGCGGUGGAGCGGUCGAUUGUGCUUCUCAGGAGCGGUGGCGGUACAGGUAGUAAUGAAGCGGGGGAAGCUGGGCAGGGGGAAGCUGGCAGGAACGGGGACAAGGACGCUGAGAAGGCGCGCGAGAUGCGGGAGCUCGACUGCCGGCAGCUGGAGUGGUGGUGGGGGACGGUGUUUCUGCGGGACAUGAUGCGGUGGGAGAGGCGGAUUCCGUUGCUGCGGAUGCCGGCGUUUGAGGUCGUUGUUGGGGAGGUGUAUGAGGCCGUGAGGGGGGCGGUGGAGGAGGGGGAGGAGGAGGAGGUGGUUUGGGAGGAGGGGGGGCUUGGGGGGUAUGAUUUGAAUUGUGGGCGUUAAGGGGGUUCAAGGCUGGUGGGCUGAGAUCAUUGGGAACAAGGGGAGGGAAAGAGGUGAGAAGUGAGAAGAGGUAUCCGAACUGACUGGGAUGUUCAAGGUUAUCUAAGAAGAUCGAACAGAAAGAAGUAAUAGUGGUCGAGUUCAUCAGGGGAAAGAAAGAGCAUGGAAAGAGCACGGGAACAUACAAUGGCCGGACACAACCCAACCCAACACCAUCCACCAUCCACCAACUUCAACCUCAAACAAUAACCAAAUACUCUAAACUCCCAUAAUACUACUUAAUACUAACAUCCUCUCCUACCUACAUGUACAUAU